UUACACUAUUUAUUUAUUAUUUAUUAUGUAUUUAUUUAAUAUGGGGCGCGUCAUCCUGCUGACUCUUGCCGUCAUGUCCAUGUUGCUGUGCCAGGGGUUUUGUUCGGGAGUUUUUGAGCUGAAGUUGCAGGAGUUCCUAAACAAGAAGGGAGUACAGGGCAACAAAAACUGCUGUAAAGGAGGCCUGACCUCGUCUUACCAGCAGCAGUGCGAAUGUAAAACCUUCUUCAGGAUCUGUCUGAAGCACUACCAGCCCAACGCCUCCCCGGAACCACCGUGCACUUACGGCGGCGCUGUGACGCCCGUGCUCGGCUCCAACUCCUUCCAGGUCCCCGAUGUCAUCCCGGAGAGUUCAUUCAACAACCCCAUCAGGAUUAACUUCGGUUUCACGUGGCCGGGGACCUUCUCGCUGAUCAUUGAAGCAUUACACACCGACUCCAAAGACGACCUCUCCACAGAGAACCCAGACCGCGUUAUCAGCACCAUGACCACCCAGAGGCAUCUGACGGUGGGAGAGGAAUGGUCCCAGGACCUGCACACCGGCGGCAAGACGGAGCUCAAGUACUCCUACCGGUUCGUGUGCGAUGAGCACUACUACGGGGAUGGCUGCUCGGUGUUCUGCCGGCCGAGAGACGACGCCUUCGGCCACUUCACCUGUGGAGAGCGCGGGGAGAUCGUGUGUGACGCCGGGUGGAAGGGGCAGUACUGCACUGAACCAAUCUGCCUGCCGGGCUGCGACGAAGAGCACGGCUUCUGUGAGAAACCCGGAGAGUGCAAGUGCAGAGUGGGAUUCAAAGGCCGCUACUGCGACGAGUGCAUUCGUUACCCGGGCUGCCUCCACGGGACCUGCCAGCAGCCCUGGCAGUGCAACUGUCAGGAGGGCUGGGGGGGACUCUUCUGCAACCAAGAUCUCAACUAUUGCACUCACCACAAGCCCUGCAUGAAUGGAGCCACUUGUAGCAACACUGGUCAGGGCAGCUACACCUGUUCCUGCAGGCCCGGCUUCACUGGGGCCAGCUGUGAGAUCCAGGUCAAUGAAUGCGCUGGAAACCCCUGCCGCAACGGAGGAAGCUGCACUGAUUUGGAAAACACAUAUACCUGCACUUGCCCUCACGGUUUCUAUGGCAACAACUGCGAGCUGAGUGCCAUGACGUGCGCUGAUGGGCCCUGCUCCAACGGUGGCCGCUGUGCUGACAACCCUGACGGAGGCUAUUUCUGCCAGUGCCCCACAGGAUACGCAGGAUUCAACUGCGAGAAGAAGAUUGACCACUGCACCUCCAGCCCCUGCUCCAACGGUGCACGCUGUGUGGAUCUCGUCAACUCGUACUUGUGUCAGUGUCCAGAUGGUUUCACCGGCAUGAACUGCGACCACAACGGGGACGAGUGCUCGGCGUAUCCUUGCCAGAACGGCGGCACAUGCCAGGAAGGUCCUGACGGCUACACCUGCAGCUGCCCGCCGGGAUACACCGGCCGCAACUGCAGCUCGCCCAUCAGCCGCUGUGAACACAACCCUUGCCACAACGGUGCCACCUGCCACGAGAGAAACAACCGCUACGUCUGCGCGUGUGUUCCCGGCUACGGCGGCAGAAACUGUCAGUUCUUGCUUCCAGAGCACGCCGCCAUCCGAGGGUCAGAGGUGCCCUGGAUGGCCGUCGGGUCCGGUGUGGCCCUGGUGCUGCUGCUGUUGGCGGGAUGUGCUGUACUUGUUGGAUUUUUCCGAUCAAAAGUCCAGCGUGGCGGUCAAGUAGAAACCGCCGGUGAGGGAGAAACAAUAAAUAACCUGACGAACAACUGUCAUCGCAGUGACAGAGACCUGGCGGUCAGCGUGAUGCCGACGCCAGGCGUCAAAAAUAUCAACAAGAAGAUGGACUUCUGCAGUGGUGACCCCGAUGAGGGAUCCUCACCAGAAAGGAGCAGCUACAAGAGCCGCCAUCCGCCUGCAGACUACAACCUCGUACACGAGGCGAACUACGAGCAGGCGGCUAAAGAGGCCAUGCUGGAGGCGGCCUGCGAGGACAAGUGCCAAUCCCUGGACUCGUUUGAGUUUGAGGAGAAACGCAGCAAACGUUUAAAAUGCGAUGCAUCAGAAAAGAAAGCCCCAGAAAUGUCUGCAUGUGCGGACACCAAGUACAAAUCUGUGUUUGUGAUGUCAGAGGAAAAGGACGAAUGUAUAAUUGCAACUGAGGUGUAACGAGCCACCAAUGGGCUGCCCGUUGCUCAUUUGCUCUAUGGGAGAGUUUUUAUACUCCUUCAGAUGCUGCUCUAACCCUAGGGGGAGGUGUCCCACCUUGAGACUGCUGCUGAUACUGAGACGUUUAACUGAUAUUCAGAGUGAGCUGGUUCUCUACUGGAAACUAAGCGCAGGCAGCGGCGGCCUGUGGGAUAAGAACUGGCGGGGUAACAAAAAAACAAAAAAAAAAAAAAAAAAAAAUUUAAAAACAAAAGUUUACGGUUGAAAGUAAACUGCCACUUAGCUUUCUGUUCUGCCUUUUUUUUUUUAUCGGGGGGAGUGGGGAUAAAAAAAAAUAAAAUAUAAAUGGACGCUGUCACAUGGCGAUAACGUGCGACGCUACGAUGUUUGUUUUUGCAACAUUUGCACCCAGGCCUUUUCUCUAACCCACACGCCGUUGCUGAGCGCAGGAACUGCAUCAAACGGUGGAUGUUUGGCCAUACUGGCCUGUUCUUCACGAGGCUGUGCACCCAUCACUAGACCUGUGAAGACUGUAUGUAUACUUGAUCACUGUAUUAACCGAAGUGCGUGUUCUUCCUUAAGCCCUCCAAACCAUUUAUGACAUAGUAUUGUUCUUUUUUUUUGUUUUUUUGUUUUGUUUCUUUUUUUGGGGACAUGAAAAAA